AGCGCCUCCCACAACGAAAACAUACACGCGACAACAACACGUAAUGUUCUUUUCCUCGGCCAUUUGAGGUUGGAGAUAGCAGAACGGUUUAAAAACUGACCGAAAAAUACUUCAAGCGUUUUCGUCUUAGUUGAAGCAACAGCUUUGUUCGAAACAUUGUCUCGGCUUCAAGUGCUCUUGAAGAAUAAGUGGAAAGUCACGCUUGCAGAAUCUGAUCCAAGAAGAUCUUUCAGAGAUUUGAAUUCCGAACGUGAUGUCGUCUCCUGCAGUGGUCCAAGUAAUAGCAUUCUUCUGUUUGCUGUGUUCCAGACUCACUGUCAGCCAAGCUCCUGGAACAAAAUUUACAAAGGAGCCUCCUGGAACUGUCUUUGCAAGUUUGAGCUCCAAUGCCAUAUUUUCAUGGGAAUUCAGUUUUGGAACCACGCAGGACUGGAGAAAUUUCGAAAAAAUCGUUUGGGGGAAAACGGAUGCCGACCAGAUUGAGAAUAAGUACAUCACCAUUCCAAGAAGCGGGAUAACAGCCGUAAAUCCAGCCCUUAGUGAUUCAUUCCAAUCUAGAUUGAACUGGACCGGAAAUAUCAGUCAAAAUGGUUGUCAGAUGCAGUUCAUCUUAAAGAAUGUCACUAAAUUAGAUGAAACUCGCACUUACGGUUGUACAGCGGUUGUGCUUGGGCAAGAUUACAGGAGUGGUCCCAUAAAACUGGCCGUUGUCAUUCCACCGACCAUUAUCCGUCGAUCCAAUGAGACUAUUGAUGUUGAAGAAGGAGUCAACGUCACUCUUCAUUGUGACGCAAUAGGUGACCCAACCCCAAGUGUCUUGUGGAUAAAGGAUGGUAAAACGCCACAGAACGGCACCUUCACGUCGACGCUUCAAAUUCCAAAAAUAGAAUUGCGAGAUGCCGGAACUUAUGUCUGUACAGCAGCGAACCGAGCUGGCUUCGUCAGUUACAGUGUUCAAGUGAGGGUUAUACGAUAUAAACCUUAUGUCAACAAGACAGCAACUACAGAUCCUCUCAUAAAAUCCUGGAUUAACCACACCACAACCUUAAAGUGUGCAGUGAAUGCUAAUCCUUCUGCAAAUUUUACCUGGUUAAAACAUGGUCGACCAAUCAUAGCCGGGAUUAACUUCACGCAUGGAAUGAGUACACUGACGUUAAUUCCAAAGGCUAUGGGCGACUUUGGUUCGUACUCGUGUAAAGCUGGAAACAAUAAAGGAACAAUGGUAUACAAUAUUACAGUGGAGCGGCUAUACUUGCCGGGGCCGCCUGUUGUAAACAAAUUUACCUCAGACGUGCUGUCUGUCAAUGUGUCAUGGAAAGCACCACGUGACGACAGUGAUGGCGGUAUAUUUGAUUACAAAAUUACGUUACUGAAGAGUAACUCCCGUAUGAUACAGCAGCAUGAUGGAAUCAAACAAACAUUCUUCAACUUUCAAAAUCUGAAACAAAACAGAUCUUAUAUCGUUUUAUUACAAGCAAGAAAUAUUGUCGGUUAUGGAGAGUCCUCAAAUGGCACUGUUAGAACGCUUGCAGCAGACCCACCAGACCCACCCGAUAUAAAGGCAAAGUCCGGGGUUCUUGCGUUGAACAUAACUUGGCACUCAUCAAUUGAAGACAGCAAAAUUGAAAUACUGGAUUACACAAUAAAGGUUAUAGAUGGUAUCACACACAGGCAAGAAAAUCAAUAUACUGGAAUAAGAAGUGCAUCACUUCUCAUUGAAAAUUUAAGGAGGAACAGGACUUACAUUGUAUUAAUAAAGGCAAGAAAUGAAGCUGGCUACGGACCGUUUGCUAAUAUCAGCGUCGUGACUCUUUUACCAGGGCCACCCGACGGGCCUUCUAUAUCAAACAUCAGUGUUGCUGGAAAACACUGUUCACUGCACUGGAGGACACCAUACGACGGUGAAAGCCCAAUAAAAAUUUAUACCGUGUAUCUCUGGGUACUAACGGCUGCGGCGGAUGGCUCACCGUACAAGGAAUAUUUCAGUUCCUGGAAUACUACAGAAAUAAGUUCUACUUUAGAUCUUCACUGGGACCGAAACUACUCGGUAGUUAUAUCAGCUUGGAACAAGUAUGGCGAGAGUUUAGGGUUGUCAGUGGUGGAGAGACAAUUUAGAAUCGGGAAAGAACCUCAAGGGCCACCCGACGCGCCUUCUAUAUCAAACAUCAGUGUUGCUGGAAAACACUGUUCACUGCCCUGGAGGACACCAUACGACGGUGAAAGCCCAAUAAAAAUUUAUACCGUGUAUCUCUGGGUACUAACGGCUGCGGCAGAUGGCUCACUGUACAAGGAAUAUUUCAAUUCCUGGAAUACUACAGAAAUAAGUUAUGCUUUAGAUCUUCACUGGGACCGAAAAUACUCGGUAGUUAUAUCAGCUUGGAACAAGUAUGGCGAGAGUUUAGGGUUGUCAUUGGUGGAGAGACAAUUUAGCAUCGGGAAAGAACCUCAAGAAAGAAGCACGACGACAGAACCCAAAGCUGUCGUUACUUUACCGGACUCUACGUACUUCCCUACCGAAGGAUUGUCAAGCAGCACUGUAGCAACAACUUUGACAGAGUUGCCUUUUAUCACGCAAGAAUUAAAAGGAUCUAGCGCAAAGAGCGAGAGCAGAAAGGAGAGUUUUGCUUACCUACUUCCGCUGUGGAUUAUCUUGCUAGUACUUGCAGUGCCUAUAACUAUAUUCCUGUCAUGGAAAGCAACUAGAAAGAUGACUCGCUGCCGUGGUCAGGGAGGGCCUGGGCGUAGAAAAGUAGCAGAUUUUGACAGAGAUCGUGAGGAAGGCAAUGCUUUCUCGCUGACUAAAAUGGAAAAACUGAAGGAAAGAAGGAUUUCAAAGCACUAUGAGACUUUAACGGAAGUUUUAGAAGUUCAUGACAAUGAUGGUCGCUGCAUGGAGGAAGAAAAGAUCAUAGACAUUGAGGAGCCUGUGAAAGACCACCAUUACGUCCCAGGAAGCGUUAUGACAUAUGAUCAGAUAAAUGACGAACCUCUCAGUCCUGGUUCAAAACAGGACUGGAUCGAUCUGACGAAAGAUGAUGGAACUGAAACCUUACGAGAACUUCCAAAUGCCACUUGAGUGAAUGUAAACUACAAUCCAGGCUCUUCGGAUGAUGAUGUUACGCAGCUAUGAAACGUGCUCUGGAUGAAGUUCCAGUAUUACUUUAUCGUUAACUUGUCGACAUCAUCUAGGCGAUACAUUUUACUUCAAGUGAAAACCAAUCGUUUUAUAACCAACCUCAGUUACACCAUACAGUCUGCUCAAUAUAAUAGAGAAGCUUAUUUCGUUUGUUUUUUGACGUAAAGAAAACGAAUUAGUGGUAAAUAGCGUUGAAAUUGCAAAAUUAGACGACUUGUUAGUACUUGAACUUGAACAGUUUUGCCAUCAUACACAAUCAUAUUCCCUCAAUUUUGAAAUCGCCAGAGAUCAAGUGCAAUCUGAUUAGUUCUGAACUGUGUGAUUCACUCAGGAAUUGCACUGUUUCUUGCUGUAAAUUGCUUCUAUUUCAUAGCCGAUCAGAGUGGUAAACAAGAGAAUAAAAAAAAUCCGCUUUUGAGGUUUUUUCAAAGUAAAACUAGUAAAAUUGUAGGGAAAAGAAUGACAAAAUAAAUUGAUAAAGUAAAAUACUGAUACUGAGAAAAAUCAUGUAUUUAGAAUAUUAAAUUGUAGGACUUUGAAAUGGCAAAAUAAAAUUAAUGGCGAUUGAA